AUGAAGAGGCAAUCGACGCCUUCGACUUUUUUCUCGCAUAAAUCGAGAAAAAUCAGUUAUUCCCGCAGCCAAGAAAGUGUUGCAUCGAGUUCGGUAGAAGAAGAAGCUCCGCCAGCUCCACAGGAUUCGUCGGCGUCUACCUCUGCUCUGGAUUCAACCGAGGGAGUCGUUCACGAAUCUCCUCCUCCACCCGUGAGUGAAAUUUCGCCUUUCAGUCCGCUUGACAUCGGUCAUUUUGUCCGGUCCGAUGUCUCGUUGGACGACGAACAGCGUUACGACGCCUUGGUGAAUGCGUGGGUGCCCGGUGAGCACUACAAGUUUCCGAAAGUUCAGGAACAGGGUCGCUCCCGGGCUUUCCAACACUACUAUUUGAGAACGUGGUCGUGGUUGACCUAUAGCGAAAUGCACGGUGGUGGAGGGUUUUGCAAGCAUUGCAUCCUCUUCGCAAAGUCAGAAUCGUCCGAUCGGCGCGGACAUAGAGUCCUGGGUACGCUGGUCACUCAGCCUUUGAAUAAAUUCAAGAAGGCCGUGGAAACACUCAAGAAUCAUGCCGGGCUCCAGUAUCACCUGGACGCAGGAGAGAAAGCUCGACAAUUCCUUCAAUGCUACAAGGAUAAGCCGUCACUCGACGUCAGGAAUCGCCUUGUUACCGGUCGUGAGCAGCAAGUGAUGAAGAACCGUCAGAGACUGAUUCCCAUGAUCAAGACUGUUUUGCUUUGUGGCCGGCAGAAUAUAGCUUUGCGAGGCCAUAGAGAUAAUGGGCUACUCUCCGAUGAUUCCCUCGGAGACUCGAAAGAAGGUAAUUUCCGAGCGUUGCUGAGGUACAGACUUGAUGCCGGUGACAGCCUACUCGAAGAGCAUCUCGCUAAUCCGAAGCGAAACGCAACGUACAUCAGCGGCAAGUUCCAGAAUGAAAUCAUCCGAGCUACAGGGAGGUUAAUCCGGAAGAAGAUCGUGAAUGAAGUCAGGGACGCAAAAUUCUUCUCCAUCCUCGCCGACGAGACGAGAGAUCUCGGCAAGCUGGAUCAACUGACCAUGUGUCUCCGCUACGUUGCGCAUCGAGAUGACCAGAGGGUACUGAAGGAAGUUUUCCUGAAGUUUUGUGAUGUCACCGACAAAACAGGCGCUGGCCUCGCUCGCGCCAUCCUGGAUAACCUCAAGGAAGAGGGACUGGAUGUUAGGGAUAUCCGCGGCCAAGGCUAUGAUGGGUGCAGCGCUAUGAGUGGUCGUCGGAAAGGCGUACAGGCCGAGAUUAGAGCCGUUGUCCCGCAGGCCUUGUACUUCCAUUGCGCGAGUCAUUGCCUCAACCUCGCCGUGGUCCACUCAACUGAUGUUGUCCCGAUACGAAGAGCUUUUGGUGUGGUUUCAAGCGUUGCGGCCUUCUUCUCGAACUCUUCUUCACGGGUCAGAUCUUUGGAAGAUCAGGUGGAAAUCCACGCGCCUUCUUCAAGCAAGCGGAGACUCAAAGCUCUAUGUGCCACCCGCUGGGUUGAGAGCCAUCAGGCUUUCGUAACUUUCAAGGAGCUUCUGUUCCCGAUUGUCCGUUGCCUGGAAGGGAUCAGUCAAAUCCCAGGUGAUAGCGGUACUGGUGCGUACACACUCCUGAACACCGUCUGCAAUUUCGACUUCUUGAUCUCCCUCUACACAAUCGAGAGUUUCGCGUCGCUCCUUCUGCCCUUGUCGGUCAAUCUACAGAAGAAAGAACUCGAUAUUUUCGGCGCGCUGCGUAUUGUUGACACAGUUCUCUCAGUACUCAAGGAGAGGAGAGGAGAAGCCGGCUCAGUUUUCAGCGGAGUUUUCGGUGAAGCGACGAAAUUUUCCGACAGUAUCGACAUCGAAAUCAAAAUGCCCCGGGUGUGCCAUCGGCAAGCUCACAGAGAGAAUCAUACGGUGAAUUCUCCUGAGGAUUACUUCCGAACUUCCACCUACAUUCCAUAUAUCGACGCUCUGAUCACAGAAUUCACCUCCCUCUUCGACGACACCCGGAAUAAUGCUGCGAAGCUUCAGUUUCUGAUACCCAAGUUCACCAUCGAUAGCUCGUACGGAGAUAUGGGUGAAAUCUUCAACUUCUACGAAGCGGAUCUGAACUGUAGUGAGAGCGUUCUACGUGGUGAAUUCGAACUUUGGAGAGCAAGGUGGAUCGAGGUGCCGCGGGACACGUUGCCCGUAAAUGCCAUUGACGCUCUGAAUAGCUGCUGUGACGAGGAGUUCCCGAAGAUUUCGAUCCUACUGAGGAUUUUCGCGACUCUCCCAGUAACCACCUCAUCAGCGGAAAGGACGUUCAGCUCUUUAAGACUGCUGAAAACUUAUCUGAGGUCCACAAUGAGCGAAGAGCGUCUGAAUGGAUUGACAUCUAUGCUCAUCCAAAAAGAUGUCGCAGUCACUCCGGAAGAGGUUCUCGAGGUCCUCGCCCUCGAUCCUCGGAAAUUGGAUCUGGUUCUAUAG